AUGGCUCGGCCGGUGUUCGACUCCAAGUACCCGGCGAGCCACGUGCCACGUCAGCUGCAAGCAGCGUUGGUGGUGUCGGUGGUGGUGAUGCUCGCCGUGCUCACCAUGCACAACGCCAACAUGACUGCGCGCUCGUACGCGAUACAAGAGGACCUGAAUCGAACCGCCGCGUUUGAGGAGCUCCUCGACCGACGCUUCCAGGAGAUUUCCGUUCUGUUCCAGGAGAGCAUCGCCAAAUCCAGCACAGCGCACGCGGAUUUCGAACCCUCCGCGCUCACAGGGGCCUCCGCCAACCCCAACAGCGUCCUCCGCCUCUCCCACAGGGGCCCGCGCCGCCUGUGCACGUACACGGAGAGCGAGCUGCGCGCCAUCCUCGCGCUGCGGCACUGCUGCGGGUGGAAGUGCAACCGGUACUUCUAUGGCGGUGCUUGGAUCGACUGGAAGACGCUGGAUGAGGAGUUUCAGAAGGGGCAUGCGCGGGUGCGGGAGGAGGAGGAGGCGGAGUGCGUGCUGGCGUGCAAGCAGCAUGAGAACCUGGGGUGCAGCAAGGAGCAGCCGUGCGUUAAUGGGUAUUACCUGAGGCGAAACACCACCGACACGCUGGUGGUGCGGCAGGCAUAUGAGUGGGGCGAGCAGAACUUCCUCAAGCCGCACUUCCACUUUGACUCCAUUCUUGACGCCGGGGCCAACAUCGGCCUCACUUCCGUGCUCUUUGCCACCAUGUACCCCAAGGCAACGAUCAUCAGUGUGGAGGCGUCGUCUCGCAACUUCCGCUCUUUGAAGCUCAACACCCAGCCCUUCCCCAACGUCAUCGCUGUCAACGCCGCCCUGUGGCCGCGCGUCGCCUCCCUCUCGCUCACCCUCGGGCAGAGGAACCCCGAGCUGCCACCUGAAUGGGCCUUCAUGGUCAAGGAGACGCGCGAUCUCGAGCCCGGGCAGGUUGUGGAGGACUCCCUUCUCGGCGUGACCGUGCCCUUCCUCCUGAAAGUUUUCGGGCUGCCCGGAUUCGACUUCCUCAAGAUCGACAUCGAGGGCAGCGAGGGCGAAAUUUUCCGCGAGGACAGGGAGAUGGACCUGGGGUGGGUGAACGAGUCGAAACUAGCAGCACUGGAGCUUCAUGGGGACAUGGUGCCGGGAUCGAAUGUGACUGUACUGAAUUUCUUCAACAGCCGCAGCAAUUUUCAUCACAAGAAGGACUGGUCGGGGGAGUACGAGGUGUUUAUGCGUAACGACGCUGAUUUGUCCUAG